AUCUCGCACCGCAUCUUCACCGCUUCAACAGCAAUGAGCAACGACUUCAACGCGCUGCUCGCCAAAGUCGCCUCGCAUCUGGCCGAGCGCGACGCAGCUCUCUCGACUCUUCCUGUUACGCCUGGCGCUGAGGCGGUCGCCGCCGCUGUCGACGCGCUCCCGCCGGCUCUCCCGCAAGCUGGGCUGGGCACGGGCGCGACGCUCGACUAUCUCCUUUCCUCGGUGCUCCCUGGCUGCCUCACGGCGCAGAAUGGGCCGCGGUACUUCGGCUUUGUGACGGGCGGCGUGACGCCGGCGGCUCAGCUGGCUGACAUUCUCGGCAGCGGGUAUGACGAGAACGUCCAAGUCACACUUGGGGAUACGAGCGCGGCGACCACCGUCGAGGCGCGCACCCUCGAGAUGGUGCUGGACCUCCUCGAGAUUCCGCGGGAGACGUAUGCUGGGCGUACGAUCACAACGGGCGCGACGGCAUCAAACAUUCUUGGGCUCGCGUGCGCUCGUGAGGCACUCUACGCUGCAUCACCAUACACGUACGGUGAUUACUCGUACGCCGCCAGCGGACCGCCCCCCGGUCUCCCAACACCCCCUAUCGUUGUCCUCGGCCUCCACCCCCACUGGAGCAUCAAGAAGGCUGCGGCCCUCGUUGGCCUCGGCAACGGGCCGAGUGUGUUCCACUCCCUCCCUGCCGACGCCGACGACGAGCUCGCUCCCGACCUAUCCGCCCUCCGCGGCCGGCUCGUGGCCGAGCGCGCGAUUGGUCGCGGCGUCAUAGUCACUUACGGCCUCGGCGAGGUCAACACUGGGGGCUUCGGCCGCGGACUCCCUCAGAUCGCCGCGCUGUGCAGACAGUACGGCGCGUGGCUGCACGUCGACGCGGCCUUCGGCGGCUUCGCGGGCGCCGUCCCCGAGCUCCGCCACCUCGUCGAAGGCAUCGACUUGGCCGACUCACUCACCCUCGACGGACACAAAUGGCUCAAUGUCCCCUACGACUGUGGACUGUUCUUCACUCGCGAUGCCCGGGCCCUUCCUUCCUUCCUUGGCCCCAGCGCAAGCAACACGCCCGCCUACCUCGCCGCUGACGACGCUGCCAUCCCCUCCCCUCUGACGAUGAACAUCGAGAACUCGCGUCGCUUCCGCGCCCUUCCCCUCUUCGCGAGCCUCCUCUCCCUCGGCAAGGACGGCUACGCCGAUAUCGUGCGCCGCAACGUGGCAUUCGCACGCCGUGUGGCAACAUAUUUGGCCUCGCACCCCAGCUACCAGCUCCUCAACAUGAGCCCGGAGUGGCUCGCAUCAGGCGCGCCUGUGCCGCUCAACAUUGUGCUGUUCCGCGGCGCGCCGGGGUCGCGCUUCGACCCCGAAUCUGCCGACGCGCAUACCCGCCUCACGGCUGCCAUCAACGCCACUCGCAGGAUGUACGUCUCCGGCUCGCAGUGGGGCGGCAAGGGCGCCGUCCGCCUCGCCGUGAGCAACUGGCGCACAGGCGACGAGGACUGGGAGAUCGUGCGGGCUGUGCUCGACGAAGUCACGGCAUAAUGUACAUUUUGGGAUCGAGAACCUUGCUAUGGCUUACUACCGGCGCGAGUUGACGAUUUGCGACUCGAGACGCGCGCGCUCCUCGGCACCCACCUGGUGUCAGCCCGCGCGUAAUACCACUCACAACUUCGCGCUGCAGUAUGAGCUGCCGCGUGUCGGCGUCCAACUUUUUCUCGCUCUUGUACCACGGAAUAAACGCAGCGCCCGCGAUGGCAGCUACCACGGCAACGAGCAUAAGGGCUAGCAUCAGCGCCACCCGAACUCAACCUCACUCUUUGAGCUACCGGCCGCCUUGGGCGGCGGCGGCAGGGGGAUUUCAGGGCGUGGCGACUGGCCCGCCUGUGGUGCGGGCUUCGUUGCGUAGGUGCGUUCCUCUAACGGAGGCUCCUGUCCGCGCGGCGUGUUCUCGCCC